AUGUUGUGGAUUAUGAGAUUUUCUGGGUUUUUUUCUGCAGCAAUGGGGAUGAUAGUACUUUUCCCUUCUCUUCAAUCCUUCCCUCCGGCAGAAGCCAUUAGGUCCUCUAAUAUGGAUCGUUAUCUUCGAUGUCCUGCAUGUACAAAUUCAAUGGACAAAUUUCCCUUCAGAAAAGCCCCUGUUUUUCGCAAUGCCGACGAAUGCAGCUCAUCAACAUUGGGAAAAUCAGGCGUUUGCGAUCCCUCUUUGGUACAUGUAGCUAUUACUCUUGAUGUUGAAUAUUUACGCGGUUCAAUCGCUGCCGUUCAUUCAAUUCUUCAGCAUUCGAAGUGUCCAGAAAAUGUUUUCUUCCAUUUCCUUGUAUCAGAAAAUGGCCUCGAAAACCUAGUCCGAUACACUUUUCCGGAGUUAAAGUUUAAAGUUUACUUCUUUGAUCCAGAACGAGUCCGGAGCCUGAUUUCAAGUUCCGUGAGGCAAGCGCUUGAACAGCCGUUAAAUUAUGCUAGAAAUUACUUGGCGGAUCUUCUGGAACCAUGUGUGAAACGGGUGAUUUACUUGGAUUCGGAUCUCGUACUAGUCGAUGAUAUUUCGAAGCUUUGGAGUAUAAGCUUGGGGAAGAAGACGAUAGGGGCGCCGGAAUAUUGUCACGCAAACUUCAGCAAAUACUUCACCGAGUAUUUCUGGUCGGACAGGAAAUUCUCAGGCGUGUUUUCAGGCAGAAAUCCUUGUUAUUUCAAUACCGGCGUAAUGGUAAUCGAUCUGAGUAAAUGGAGGCGGUUUGGAUACACCCGCCAUAUCGAGCGGUGGAUGGAUAUACAAAAGACAAGCCCAAGCCGUAUUUACGAGCUCGGCUCGCUUCCGCCCUAUCUUUUGGUUUUCGCUGGACAAGUGUCUCCGAUAAAGCACAGGUGGAAUCAACACGGUCUUGGAGGAGAUAAUGUGAGAGGAAGCUGCCGUGACCUCCACCCUGGCCCGGUGAGCCUUCUCCACUGGAGCGGCAGCGGCAAGCCGUGGCUUCGGCUAGACUCCAAACAGCCGUGCCCUCUCGACUCGUUGUGGGCCCCCUAUGAUUUAUAUGGACAGUCGACGUGA